CAAUUUUCAUUGAGAGAUGGGUGUCGCGAAUGCAAAUAGCGCGGCAGAAGGAAGAUGACGUUAUAGAUCCUGUAGUUCUAGCAUCAUCAUCUAAAAUUAGUUUUUAUACUGCAUACUUCAGAUAUCAAUGCACAUCAACACGCUGCACAGCAUAACCACGCCCGCGCGCGGAAAUUUGGUAGUAAUAUUAUCUGGUGCGGCCAAUCGACGACACUUGAUAGCUACCAUGCUCGCAAUGUGCAGGCUGCGAGAGUGCCAGACUGUGACUUGGGCUGCUAUGCAAAAGAUUGUUAAAAAGACUCAGAUCUUAAUUCGAAGAUCUGAAACUGGUGUGUCUGAUGGCAAGGGAGGAGGAGCGGAAGUGGUGCUCUUGCGGGAUGAACAGGGCUGUGGUGAUAAGCAAAUAUUCUAUAGCAAAUAUCUUAAGGCAAUGGGUGGUCAGAGGGAUGGGAUUAUUCUUUUUUUAUUUUGAUACUUGCGAUAAGGUUUUGUGAUCAUAGUGAUGUUCGAGGUCCAGUUUCAACGAGUUCGCGCGCGCGCAGAGUUGUCCUAGAGGAAUUUUCUUCCAGCCUGGCUGAUGAGCCUGCUUGACUGCUUGGAGUGAGGCAGAAGAGCAUAAACUAACCUACAGCCACCUCACUCCAUCUCUGUCCCGAAACUAUGCAAUUCCAUUUCGGCAGUGAUUCCUACGACGACAGACAGACACAUAAAUCAUGUAUCCCGCUAUCCCCCCAGUGAACCGAAUCAUCAAGAUUAGUCAACAUUUCUCAAAGCAAGUGCAAGGCGGAACACGAAAAGAGAUUGUCAAUCAUUGCACAUAGUGGACGGCUAUUGCCAUGCCAAGCAAACCCUUAGUCAUCCAUGCACAUAUACAUAACCCAUGUACCUUUUCUUGGGGGCCAAAGUCGCCUCGCGGGGGUCGUUGUGGAACUCCCUCCCGCCUACCCAUCACAUGGGGAGAUGAAUUCCACUUGCCACUCCGCCUCUCUCCAUUCCAGCUCAUCUCAUCUGAUCGAUCGCCGUACUAUCUCCGAGCGAUCCUUCCAGACCCAACUUCACUGAUGGAAUAAUAUGUCCAUCUGUGCCUCGGCCUCCUGCGGUCUUCGUACGAACAUUUCAAGUUGCAUAGAAAGAGGCCAUACCACAGAGUGUAAAUUCUGAGUAAGCUGUUUACGUCAUAUGCAAUAUGAUGUCUGGUGUACAUGAACAACGCAAUGUAAAGGUCCAAAAUAUGUGCAUGUACACGAGCUAUCUCCUCGAAAAGGCUAUUAAAUCACGAAGAAAAGAACCCCAACAAUGCGACCGUGAGAUCUAAAGUUGAUGUUGUUGGCGCGAAGAAUUUUUUUUUUUAUCUUCCUCUUUCGUAAUAGACAAGCAAGCAAGCGUUCCUUCCGAACCACACCAGUGACGUAAAUGUAAAGUUUUUU